ACGCAAAAACGGAUUUAGUUAUUAAUCAAUAUUUUUUGUCUGCAGAUAACACUAAGUCUUGUCACUCUAGUUCAGGUACCCGCCUCAAGCCUUACGCGGUCAAAUUCAAUAUGGCGGAUCAGGGUGCAACAAUUGUUAUAUACGAUUCUUAUUUAGUUUUGGGCACUUUGGCUUUUCUCUGGCUGGUAUAUUUGUGGGAAACGUAUCUAUUAAAACGACAGUGCAACGUUCUAAAGACCACAGAUGAAAUACCAAUAGAGCUACGGCAUGUUCUUGAUAAGGAAACAUUUGAGAAGUCAAGAUUGUAUCAGUUGGAUUCAAAAAACUUUGGUUUUUGGAGUUCCUUAUAUUCCCAGAUUGAGACAACAUUGGUGCUGAUUCUUGGAGGUAUUCCAUUGUUAUGGUGGCUGGCUGGCAAGGCCCUGAUUCGUAUUGGAUAUAAUGAGAGCUAUGAGAUAUCCCAGUCUCUAAUAUUCAUACUGCUUGGGUCCAUAUAUAGUUUAAUAACUGGACUACCUUGGACCAUUUAUAGCACAUUUGUUAUUGAAGAACGUCAUGGUUUUAACAAGCAGACAUUUGGCUUCUUUGUGAAAGAUACAAUAAAGAAGUUUCUGGUGAGUAUGGUAAUUGGUCUUCCAAUCAUGGCUGGUUUGAUAUACAUUAUAAAGUGGGGAGGUGAUUAUUUCUUCGUCUACUGCUGGGUCUUUACUCUUGUCAUCUCAUUGUUUCUUUUGACAAUCUACAUGGAUUACAUUGCUCCAUUGUUUGACAAGUUCACUCCGGUGCCUGAAGGAGAUCUCAGGACAGCCAUUGAGAUGCUUGCAAAGCGUAUUGAUUUUCCAUUAACGAAGCUGUUGGUGGUUGAAGGUUCCAAACGUUCUUCACAUAGCAAUGCUUACUUCUAUGGUUUUUACAAGAAUAAGAAGAUUGUUUUAUUUGAUACCUUGUUGUCCGAGGAUGUGAUGGCAAAGAAGGAAGAGGGAACAAAAGGGGAUAAUGAAGAGCAAAGCAAGGAUGAGAAUGGGAUUGAGCCAGGUAAUGAGGAACAUAAUGUUGAGGCCAGUUUGGAUAAUGGAGAGCAACCUGUAACUGGUGAAGAUGUGAAAGAGGAUGAGGUGAAGAACGAGAAGUAGACUUGUACAAAUGAGGAGGUCUUGGCUGUCUUAUCGCAUGAAAUGGGACAUUGGAAACUAAACCACACUGUCAAGAAUUUGAUUAUCAGCCAAUUCAACACAUUUUUCUGUUUUAUGGUGUUUGGUUUUCUCGUUCAUUGGAAUUUUUUGUACACCAGUUUUGGUUUUACAUCAAGUCAGCCAACAUUGAUUGGCUUGUUGAUUGUGUUUCAGUUCAUAUUCUCGCCUUAUAACGAGUUACUGGGUUUUCUCAUGACCAUGCUCAGCCGUCGUUUUGAAUUUCAAGCUGAUAAGUUUGGUAAAGAUCUUGGCUAUAGCUAUCCGCUUGAAUCAGCUUUGAUCAAACUACACAAAGACAACCUUGGAUUUCCAGUCGCAGACAAACUCUAUUCUACUUAUCAUUACUCUCAUCCUCCCAUUGUUGAAAGAAUCCGCGCUUUGAGAAGCAAGAAAGAGAAUUGAAGAGAAGAUUUCUUGCAAAAAGAAGCUGUUUUAGACUUUUCAAGUCAAACGUCGUUUUUAAUGUCAUAUCUCUUUUCAUAUUAAAGAUGUUUC